AUGUUCAUCGCUCAUGUGCAGGAAAUUGUUGAAUUAAUAUUUUCAUUCUUAGAGGAGUCAGAUCGGAAGAGAUCUGAACAAGUCUCUCUCACUUUCCAUGAAGCCUGUAAUGCUGUAGAAGAACGAGAAAUGGUUUGGAGAUUACAAUUUGAAGAGAAGGCUCUCCAUAACAGUAUUCAUAAAGGACUUUGUCAUGAUGAUUCCAAACACAGUUAUGCUCAUCAUGUGGAAUUAAUUAUGAAACAACUGGAUGAUUUCGAGAAAAAACAAUUGAAUUUUAAAAUUCCGUUUCAUGUUCGGAUGUAUAUGAAACAUUCCAAGAUUUACCCAAGCAAUGAUGCAAUCCCGUAUAUUCCCAAGCUCAACAAUGCAAUCUUGCAUCCAUUCAUGUGCAUUUUCAAAAUAUCUCAAUGGCAAGUCAGAGAUCGCGAUUGUGUUGUGAUUGGUGAAUAUCAAACUAGGAAAAUUGACAAGUACUUGGUACUUCUGAAAAACAGCGGCGGAAAGGGAGUGUUAGAAGUUGAACGACAUUUCGAACUGGAAUAUCAUCAUCUUGAUUCUGAAAAUUUUGUUUCCCAGCUGAUCUUGCAGGUCAGUCGUAUGGAGACAUUUGUAGUGGGCAGUCUUACACGAUGGCUCUCCAAUUUUGGUUACCUAAAAGACCAGAACAAGUGUUCUGUUGUCACACAGCUCAAGACUAGUUAUCCCAAUGCUCUUAUUUACGAUGAGGACAUUCUAUCUGACAAUCCUAAAUUUUGUUUGGAAUAUUUUGUUGCAAAUUUCAAGCAAGGAUAUGUUUAUAUGUAUUUUUACAAUCUUUUGAAAGAACGUCAAUAUAGAGCAUUGCUGAAACACAAGAUAAUCACGCUUGAAGAUUUGCCAGCUCAUAUUAGAAAUGAUGAAAAAGUGAUUAGUUUUUCUGUUGCAACAAAUGGUAUCAAUUUAAAGCAUUUAACACGAGCACAUCACAACGACCGAGAUUUAGUCCUGGAAGCAGUUAAAGAGAAUGGCUUGGCUCUUGCUUUCGCUUCUAAAACACUGAAAAAUUUAGACCCUUUUAUUUUUUCACAAGCCAAUCAAAAUAAUCAACUGGUACAAUACUUUUCCGAUCGAGUUGGUGAAGAAACGAAGCUUGGCGUGAAACCAACAACACUUGGAAUAGCUGAGAAUGAUGAUUUUAUUGAUCAAUUUAAGGAAAAUCUACAACGUGGUAUUUACGGAUGGGGUAUUGAACAUUUAACACAAUUCCAAAGGGAUAUUAUUCAAUCCAUUUGUGAUCAAAAAAACCGUAAUAUACUCAUUGAAGGCCCAUGUGCCUCAGGUAAAACCAUUGCCUCCAUUAUUGGAGUGUUGAACAAGGGCUUGGAUGAUUCCUCAACUGCGCCACCUGACCAAGUACAGUGCUUGAUAAUUUGCCCCACAAAAGAAAUGGUUUAUCAAAUUCAACUAUUUUUUACAUCUCUCUGUGAAUACAUGAGUGACAUAUCCAUUGGUAAUAGUACAUGUGGAUGGACCACAUUCUAUUCAGCAGAAUUUGCCAAGUCAUAUCGAGUGCUAAUUGGUACUCCAGGACGAAUAGCUCACAAAUCAAAAUAUUAUUUAGAAUUGUCUCAUGUAAAGACAGUUAUAUUUGAAGGAUCAGAUCAGUUAUUAGCAGGAGAAUUCGGCAAUGAGCUCAAUCUGAUCUUUAAGAAAUUAUCCAACAAUUGCCAAAGUAUUCUUAUUUCUUCGUUAUUUUCGCCAAAACUUAUUAUGAGAAUAGCGAAAAUAUUUACGAAUGAAAAUUUCAAGGUUUUGAGAGUACCAUUGUUGCCUUCCAAUCAACCACACAAGUAUCAAUUUCUCGAAUUGACGAAUGAAGAAGAAAAAUGGACACUUAUUAAGGAAAUUAUUCAAGACCACUCCAAUAUGUUGACCAUGGUUUUUUGCAAUUCGAGAAGAAAAGCAGAGAUGCUUUGUGAAGAAUUGAAUAAUGUUGGAUUUUGUUGCAAUGUCCUCCAUGGUGAUAUUGAUUGUCAACAAAGGGAGCUUAUUUUGAACGACUUUAGAAAAGGAGCAUUUAGACCAGUGUUUGAUGUCCCACCCAAUAUUCAUCACUCUAUAACAGAGAAUGUGGCUUUUGAUAACUCUAAAAAGCCACCUCAGCUCAAGAAGGCAAAGAAGAAUCAAAAGACGCCCCAAAAAUUACAAGCGGACAAAUCAAUGAAAAUUCAUCUCUACCCCAAUGAACAAGAAAGGACAACAUUGAAUCAGUGGAUGGGAACUGCUCGUUGGAUCUACAACAAGCGUUUAGAAUUUACACACAACUUCAAAGAUGUCAAGAAAAACAAGAAGAAUUUCAGAACGUUUGUGGUGAACAACGAUAAUUAUCAGACAGAAAAUCAGGGUGAGAACCAAGCCCCUCAACAUUCAGGACAAGUUGUAGCAUUGGAUCCAGGAGUAAGAACAUUUCAGACCACCUUUGAUUUGAAUGGUUAUUCAACCAAAUGGGGCUCAGGAGGUGCCGAAAGAAUUGGUAGAUUGUGUUGCGCGUAUGACAAGUUACAAUCGAAGUGGUCUCAACCAGAAGUCAGACAUUGCAAAAGAUACAAGUACAAGAGAGCAGGAAGAAGAAUUCAACAAAAGAUUAGAAAUAUUGUGGAUGAUCUACACAAGAAACUGUGUUUGUGGCUGUGUCGAAACUACCAAGUGAUCUUACUUCCUUCGUUUGAGACUCAGAAAAUGGUAAAGAAACUCCAUAGGAGAAUUAAUAGCAAGACAGCAAGAAAAAUGUUGACUUGGUCACAUUAUAGAUUCAAGCAAAGAUUGCUUCACAAAGCUAGAGAGUAUCCGUGGACACACAUUUAUAUUGUCAACGAAGCGUAUACAUCCAAAACUUGCUCAUGUUGUGGACAUAUUCAUACGGUUGGAUCAUCUGAAGUGUUUCGUUGUCCAUCAUGUGGCUCAAUUUUUGACAGAGAUAUCAAUGCAGCAAGAAAUAUUCUUCUUCGAUUCCUUACUACUCAUAGAAUUAGUUUUUGA